AUGGAGCAGCUUGGAUUUCACGACCUCGCUACAGAACUCUGCCGCACGGACAAGCUCGUCGGGCACCUGUCCAACCUCUGGCGUCUUCCUGGGUCUGAUCCCGCCAAUAAGCCACGCCGGCAGGAAAAGUCGUGUUCUGAGCGGCGUCGAGCCAUGACGGACUGCGCUACAUUUCCAGGCCCGGGAUCCGACUCAAUGCUGAAAGGUGCCGUUGGUCCUUCGUCCGACAUGGCGGACACAAGCUUCGCUUUGCCUCGACUCUGCUCAGCGCCACGGCGCCCCGGGCGGUCCGGGCGCCCGGAGACUGCGCGGCCAGCUGCCGAGCGCUUUCACCCAUCGAGCUCCGUUGCAGGUCUGUGCCUAGGAGCUGCUGGAGUCGCCGCACAACGUGGCCGUCGCGUGCUGCAGAGGCGGCGUGACUCGCAGGUUCACCCGCGAUCGCGAAGCAUACUGUCGGCCGGUAUGCUGCCCGAGGGCCCAUUGGUGAAAGAAAAGCGGGGUGCAGGCUCGGGAAGGCUCGGCUAUUCCCAGAAGUAUGCAGAGGAGGACGACGACGAGGAAGAAGGGCCAAUGACAACCAUCCUUGACUUCAACAACACUGAGGAGCGCCUCGAAAGAAUCAAGGAUGUGACACGAACACCUGUCACGCUGCUGACUGGCUUUCUAGGCUCAGGAAAGACCUCACUGCUCAAGCACAUACUCGAGAAUCAAGAGGGUGUCCGAAUCGGAGUUGUCGUCAACGACGUCGCCGCUGUAAACAUUGAUGCUCAGUUGAUCCAGAGGUACGAGAAGCACGGCGCCAUUGAGAUUGCGGAGCUUGCUAAUGGAUGUGUUUGCUGCACAGCAUCUGAUGAUCUGGUGGCAUCAGUACAGGAGCUGGUGAACAGGUGUUACGGAAGGCCGUUCCAUCAUGUGGUGAUCGAAAUGAGCGGUGUGGGUGAGCCAGAAGCCAUCAGGCGGCACUGGGACAUUGGCGUGGAAGUGGGCAUGCCUGCCACUUUGCUCACAGAGAUCAAGCGGACGAUCGCAGUGGUGGAUGCCAGUCUCUUUGGGAACGACUGGAUCGACAGCCGAAAGGCGUCUGCAAGGAACGAGCAAGGCAUGCCGCUGCCACACAAGGGCUUCGAGACGGUUGGCCAGCUUCUAGCUGAGCAGGUCGAAAAAGCAGAUCUCGUGCUGAUGAACAAGAUCGAUCUGGCCAGUGAUGAGGAAGCAAAGACCAGCGAAGAGGUGCUGAGGGCAAUCAAUGGCGAUGCUGAUGUGAUUCGAUGCAGCUAUGGCAAGGUGAGCCCCAUCGAACUGCUCCCAGAGAUCCCUGAGGGGAUCAAGUAUCCCGAGUUCGGACGAGGACGAAACUACCGGUGGGCACAGAACCCUCAAGUUCUGCAGCUUCGUGUCAAGGUUCCUGCCGACGCCAAGUCGAAGGACAUCAACUUUGACAUCGGCCGAACUUGGCUACAGAUAUGGGUGCAGGGCGAGCAGGUGCCUCGACUACAAGGAAAGCUCUUCGGUCGGCUGAAGGGGAUCGAGGAAUGGAUUUGGGAGCUGGAUGGCGAAGGCGAUGAUCGUCACGUCGCGGUGUUUCUGGAGAAGAGCCAGGAGGGCAUGUGGGAGGACAUCUGGCAGAAAGACCUGCCCGAUCAGCCGGCGCAAGAGCACGAGCCCGUGGCGGCGGCAGAGGAUCUCUCGGAGGGCGGCCCCGUGUUGGCCCGCGGAGGCGCCCAUAACGGCCGGGGCAAGCAACGCCUUUUUGGGAGGAACGGACGGGCAGCUGGCAGAAGAUUUGGCAUCCGAACCUUCACUUACGAGCGCCGCAGGCCUUUCAGCGCGGUUCGCCUGCAGAGGUUGAUCGAAGAGUGGCCCUUGCCACGGAAGAAGCAGGCUUUCGGAUUAGAGGAGCUGGAGGUGGAUGCAGAAGUCGAGGGCCUUCAGGCGCUGAAGCCCAUUCUGCGGUCCAAAGGGUUCUGCUGGGUGGACUCCGAGCCUUUUCGGGUCAACGAGUGGUCUCAUGCGGGCAGGUCUCUGUCGGUGCUUCCAAAGGACUGGUGGUGGGCUGUCUUGAAGCCGGACCAGUUGAACUUCCAAGUAUGUUACCCCGGUGCGAAGGCGCAGUUUGAGCGAGCGCGCCGGGAGAAGUGGCAGGAAGAGUGGGGGGACCGACGGCAAGAGCUUGUCUUUAUCGGUGGGCCGGACAUGCGCGAGCAGCGCAUUUCCAAGCACCGAUCCUAG